CCGGCCACCAUCCUGGGCAGCUGCCAACACUUCACCCUCGUUUGGUGUUGCAGCCUCGGUAGAAGUAAUGCAAGCCACCUUUGGCUUGGGCUGGGUGCUGCUCGUCGUCGCGGAAGAUCGGCCGGCGUUGCUGGCUUCUACAUUCGUGAGAAUGAUCCGUGACGCUGUGCUGAAGAGCUUGUCCGACGUGUCGAGUGUCUCUGCAAUCUGCGUCAGCGCGUUUUGCAGGGCUGGACACGAGCGCAUGAUGAACAAGUGCUUGAUGUCGCGGAAUGCGAGCGGCAGGUCAGUAGCAGCCGCAUCAAAGCAGAAGGCAGAGGACGCCGAGAAGGCACGUCUGUUGGCAAUUGAACAGCAGCGCCAGCACGACGAGGUAGCAGCAAAGGCUGCCGAUGAAGAACGAAUUCAACGACGCGAGAAGAUAUUUAGCGGAGAGCAAGCUUUGCUCACAAUGGCAGCGGAUUGGCGGGCCGAGGCCGGGAAUGGAAAGAUGGAAGAGAGUGAAAACAAGAUCGCUCUACUCCUUUCCCAUCUCACGGACCUCCUGGCAACAUGCAUUACACAACACGAGGACAUCCACAACCUCGACGACGUGUUGACUCAAGUCCACAUCCGCCUCCAGCAGCUGGAGCAGCGACCCGUCGCCGCCCUAGAUGCCAACUCUUCCAACACCUCCGAUCGCCUCGAGGCAUUGGAGAUUGAUGUCGGCUCCCUCAGGGACGGCGUGCAGUUACAGCAAACCGCAACGCAACAGUUGGAGCAGCGGAUCUGUACUGCCGCCAACCACUCGAGCUCGGAACCGCGCGAGACAACUCCAAAGUUCGAUGGGCAGGAGAUCUUCUGCGACUCGCCGAAGACAAACCCGAUUCCAUGGUUCCGCAAGUUCGAGCUAACGUUGCAGCUACACUACGUCAAAGAACACAAGCACCACGCGUACUUAUACUCCCGGUCGGGGGGCGCGUGCCAAGCAUUAUUGGACAAUCUCUUGUCCAAGUACGGAGUGGUGGCUGCCGACUUGCAUACCAAGAUCAGUUGGGAUGAUCUAAAGGCGGCGUGGCAUAAGCGGUUCCAAGUAGAGCCGUCGGAGAUCAAGGCAAUGGACAAGCUGAUGGUCUUCGAACAAGGCACGCUGCCGAGGGUUGACAGGAUUGCCGAGUACCAAUGCUUGACAUCCGUCCCAGACAUUCAAAUGGGCUUCAAAGCCAUCAAACACUACUUCAUCUCGAGGUCGUGUCCGGUGUUGGGCAAUGUCUUGACUCACGUCGAGGACAGCCUGAUAACAACGGCGAAACUCUUCGACAAGGCCGCGCAGAUUAUUGUCACGAACAAGAAGGCCAAGAAUCUCCAACGUUCGUAUGCGCUAGGCCUGAGCAGAGAUCAGCAUCGACCGAAAGUGCCCGCGGUCGUAGCGGCAACGCCAAACGACCAAUCUAGCGAGGCCGUGUCUGCCAAUAUGAAGGGGACAGACUUGCAGCCGCCCGGGAAGGUGGCCGCCCCGGCAAAGGCCGAGGACGCGGCAAGGCAAAUUCAAACACCUCAUCUAGCCCCGGGCCCGGCGCAGCAGCUCCAGCCGCAUGGACAAGACGUGUGUGCGACAUCUUUUCCGUCCGGCAACGGAAACUUAUCGUCUUCAAGUGGUUCUUCACGGGAUUCGGCGUGCGAGUUCAACAUAGAGGUAUUGGACCCACUUACGUCCGAGGAUUUCGCAUGGCUUCCUCUCCCGACCACGGGCCGCUUGCCGGGACCGCAAUGCGCAACAUUAUGCGCUCAUCUUCACACGUACUCAUCCUUCUAUGCACCACCAACUUCGCCGACGGAUGACGAAGUCGCGGUAGGGGACAUCCCUGCAUAUGUUGCCAAGGUGCCCCCCGAGUUUCGCAAUCAGCGGUAUGACGACAACAACGCACCGCUCCUCUAUGUCCGCAUCCAAGUUGGGCAAGCGUCCUGCAACUCUUUGCUGGAUAGCGGCGUGUCUCGCAAUUUUAUGAGCCAAGCCUUUAUGCAAAAGGCUGGCCUUGGCGCACAAGUUCGAAGGAAGGCAAACCCGACGAUGAUCAAGUUGGCGAACGGAAGGACGCAGCAACUUAUCGACCGCUACAUCGAGGUCGUACCGGUGUAUUUCGCACCGCAUGCAUGCGAACCGGUGACAUUUGACAUUUUGGACACGGACUUCGACAUUAUUUUGGGAAUGCCUUGGCUUGCAAGUGCGGAUCACGUGGUCAACUUCCACCGGCAGACUCUUACCGUUCGCAAUGCCUUCGGCGCCGAUGUGUCGUGUAGUAUUCCUCUUCCGCACCCUUUGAUUCAGUGCCAAGUGGUGACAGCGAAGUUAUUCCGGGCUACUUGUGCUUAUGAGCAGCCCGACAAAAUCGGCCUACGUUUCCUACGGACCGUUGCGAUAGCCAACUCUUCACCUACGGACUUGUCUUCAGACCCCCGUGUGGUACGGUUGCUUGAUGAGUUCGCCGACAUCUUCGAGUCACCUACCGGUGUGGUGCCGGAUUGGCCGAUCUCUCACGAGAUCAUUCUUGAGGCCGGUGUCCUGCCGCCGAAAGGUUGCAUUUAUCGCAUGAGCGAGGAGGAGCUUACGGUCCUCCAUGUACAACUCGAUGAUUUGUUGGACAAGGGCUGGAUCCGCCCUAGUAGCUCUCCAUACGGAGCGAAGACUCCUAGAACUCCACGGGUGUUUUUCCAUGGAUUGGGAAUUGGUGCAGCACCAUAUCUGAUGUUUCUGGAUCAGCUGCUGAAUACACAAGAUCAGGCUGCAGUGAUUGUGGAGCUACCACAUGUUGCACUCCGAUGGUGUCCAAGAAUACCCACAGUAGAGCACAUGGUUUCUGGGCUGGAGCAAAUCCACCUGCGGCAUUCGUUAGGUGCAGCAAACUAUAUCGGGCACUCCUAUGGCUCUCUGCCAAUUUCAAGGCUUCUCCGUGUACACCCAGGCAUGGUGAAGGGGGUGGCACUCCUCGAUCCCGUUUGCUUUCUUCUCUUCCUUCCUGAUGUCAUCUUCAAUUUUGUUUAUCGUGGUCCUGCAGGCGAGAAUGCGUCGGCUUGGUUUAGCGAUUUCCUGCGCUGGUUUUUCCUUUCGCGUGAGCUUCAGAUAUCGCAAGCACUCUGCAGAGGCUUCAACUGGCAUCAGAUGACGCUAUGGCAAGAAAACCUGCCUGCUGAUGUUGUCGUCUUGCUGUCGGCCAAGGAUCAGGUUGUUCCAGCUGAGCACAUCCGAGUAUAUUUGGAGAAGAGUGAGGUCCAUGUGAUUUGGUAUAAGGAUCUCCGGCAUGGUGGAUUCCUACUAAGGCCGGAAUCCCAGCAGAGAAUUGUGGAGGUAGUUGACAGUUGGGGCUAAUUAAUUACUUGCAGGCAGUGGAGGUUUAUUAAUUUUACUUAGCAGUGAAGGAAGGAAGGAAGGAAAGCUCGCAUGCCCUCUGUGAGAACAAGAUGGUCGAUUUGUUCCAAUGACUGAAGGAAGUAAGGAAGGGAGGGAAGGAGGGAGGGAGGAAUUCGAGGGCCCAUAAAGGCUUCUUCGAAGAAGGACGAAGGGGAAAAUGGAUGUUUGAUGUUAGGAUGGACAGACUGGCGCACGGGAAGGAAGGAAGGAGGAAAGUUGCAUGCUCUUUACGAGAAGAAGACGGUUGAUUUCUUCCAAUGACUGAAGGAAGGAAGGAAGGAAGGAAGGACAAGGAAGGAAGGAUGGGAGGAUGGGUGGAUGGGUGGAUGGGUGAAUGGGUGAAUGGGUGGAUGGGAGGAUGGGAACAUGGGAAGAAGGUAGUGGAUGGGAACAUGGGAAGAAGGUAGUCGAGCAACAUCCAGUCAGGCUUUCGACCAGUCAAUUACCUUACCGAUUUGUUUGUUGGACUUUGCUGAAGUUUGUUCCAAUUUAUGAAAAUAUAGGGGAGAGGAAGAAAAAACGAGAUUACAUCUGCUGUUGCUUCAUUCCAGGAGCAAAAUGUGACGGGGCAGGCGUAGUGUGGCUCAGCAAGUCGCACUAUUUUUUCAAUCAAUUGAAUUAGCUAAUUUAGUUUAUCAAAUUAUUGAUUUUGAUUUAUCUUUCUGUAUAUAUUUGAGAAUUUUUGAACCUGUUGGGUAAGCAAUGGAUAUACCUGAGUCGGAAAUAUGUGCAACUGUUCGGUUUGUGGCUCUGGUUUGAAAACGUCAUUUGAGGUAGAGUUGACUUGGGAGGAAGAGAGAGGGGGGAGAGAGAGAGGGUGUGAUGGCAAGACAAGA